AUGGCUGAUAACUCCGUAACGGAUUACGUCUCAGCAGUAUGCUCGGCAGUUGCUGCAGUCAUUGCACUAGUCACGGUCGUGACUGUUGUUGUUGCAGUCAGACAACUGCUCACAGAGCACCGAGCCUAUUCAUCAGGUCUAUCCCAGCAGGCUUUGGGGCCCUGGCACGAAAGGGUCAGGACAAAGCGCCUCCUAGGACUUUUUUCAUUUCCGGGCGUUGCACCUUCAGCCUCGGAAGAUAGCACGGAUCCUGAGAAGGCUCUCGCCAAAGCCAGUUGGGUGAACUUUCUUGCAGCCAUUGGUGUGAAGCCGAAUGAUCAAAAGCUUUACCAAAUGAGUGCGCAACCCAACUUGAUCAAUGGCAUUGUUCCCAUGCGCUGGGAGGGGAAGAGUCUUGUUGCAAUAUGCAGUAUCCUUGGAUUCCAAUCAUCAGAGCAAAAGCCAAGUUUCAAGCAGCCUGUGAAUCUUCCAAUGCAGUGGUUCGGCCCUUUGGGGUACCUUCAAUUUCGUGAAGGCCCCAACGGGUGCAUUGUCGAAUUUCGAAGGAGGGCUCCCAUUGCCGACCAAAUCAGUUCCGACGUCCACAAGUUCUUCAAGUCCAUCCGUCAGCAGACCGAAGAACAUAGUUUCGUCGCACGGCUAUGGCGAUCUAUCAAUGGCAUGAUGAUUGGAGAUAAAAAGGCCCUUUAUCUUGGAGGCUCGGAUGAUCGGUUCGAGAGGCGCGCCAAGCGCCUCGGGGCUGGACAGAACUUCGAGAAGACAGAUACAAACGACACACGUCCCGAUUUUGACGCUCUGAUGAAGAGUAAGACUCCAAACGUGGCGACACCGCAAACCUUGACCGUUGCGCCAACUCCCGAUGCUACUGUCAAGAGGGGGGAGGACAAUGACCUGUUUGAUGAGUUGAUGAAGAUUUCUUCAAAAGAGGACAUCAUGAAAACGCUCCAAACUCACAGCUAUCGAAAACGUAAAGAGGUAUCGAAAUGGGAAAGCGAACUAGAUGCAGAGCUGGGAGGGUUAAGGGACUUGCUACGCAGAAUGGAAGAAAAGAAGUUGGGGAAGAUGGAGGUCUUUGUGCCGUGUGACGGCCUACUUUCCGUUGUCAUCCAAGGCGAACUCGCCAACAGUCGUGGCUUGAGCAUCGGGGACUGCUCGGAAUACAGCCGGGCAUAUGUCGACUUCGAAGACGUCAACCAGAAAACAACACCGUACCGCCUCGGAGAUUUGUUCAUGGACGAAACCCUUUUGAAGUUGAUGAAGGAAGCCAUGCGGUUCAUAAAGCCAGACGGCUUUUACUUCACACCAACCAAGUGGCUAGCCUCCGAUGUUGCUGAGGUUUACCGGCAUGUUUAUCGGGUUUGUGAGAACCCCAAAAACGAGGACGACGUGUUACUCCCUAAGCAUUUUCGCCUUCAUGGCCAUGCCCAAUAUACGAUCAGGGACAUGGUGGUAAUCGGAAAGGCAUCGAAAUCACUCCCCAAAGUGGAUGAUCUUGUAUGGUCGAUGCUGAUAUCGCCCGAUCUAUACAAAGACUUCCACAGAGCAUUUAACAACAGUGUUAAAGAAUUGAAGGGCCCUGAGAGGUGGAACUUCCUCAACGCCGAAGUCACUUGCAGUGGAGGCGUUCUCAACUGCACAGCUUUGAUGAGAGGAUGUGGGAUUUCGAGAGACGGUGAGACCAAGUAUGCCACCACCGGCAGUACCCCGCCAGCGCAGGCAGAUCCAAUGGAUUAUGCUGUCCCAUUGUGCUCGGACAACACAUUCACAGGAUCGCAGGUCUUGGCCUCAUUUUUGGACGUACUGGUUACGCACUUUUGGGUGGAGAAGAGUUGGAUCACAGAUGUUGAGUCAUACGAUCAUGUAAUCCCUCAGACUAUCACUAUGUGCUAG